GGCGACGUUCCGUAGUCCAAGAUCCUCUGUUUUUCAGCGGGCCAUUGCCUUCGCGUCCCUCUGUAGUUCUGCAACUGUGGCUCUGAUCCUGGAUCUCCAUGAUUUCUUUACUUUGAAAGCUCACCAUUCAUCAAUAGAAUACAGUGCGUUAGAGAUUCAGAGGAUGAGAAUCGGAUUAUACUAAUGAUGCAGUCCAUGGCAAUGCUUAAACUCAAGUUUGGGUUCACUUCAGUCAGAAUGAGGAACUGGUCGGUGGGAAUAUCAGUCAUGGUUCUUACAUUGAUCUUCAUCAUCCGUUAUGAACAUAAUGUAGAUGAGUUUGAUAUAGAAGGAGAGAGUCAUGUUCAGGAACCAGCAAAGAAGCCACGUUUGAUCACUUUGGAAGAUCUUGACUACCUCUUUUCAAACAAUAGCUUUUAUGGAGAAGACGAAGAUGAGUCUAAUGGGUUUCUUGUAUGGUCUCUCAUGCGUCCGUUUCUAGAAAGACCUGAUGCUUUGCCAGAAACUGGUCAGGGGGUAGAAGAGGCUGCAUUAGCAAUGGAAGGUUUAGUCUCUCUGAUGAAUAAAGAGAAACUAGCUUCUGGUAUGGUCUCUACGAAAGCCAGAAGAACUUGUCCGGACUUUGUAAAUGCAGCUGAUGUUGAUUUGUCCGGUUCAAGACCUGUGCUUGAGCUCCCGUGUGGGUUAACUGAAGAUUCUUCUAUCACUUUGGUUGGUGUUCCUGAUGAGCAUUCGAGAAGCUUCCAGAUUCAGCUCGUUGGCUCAGGCAUCUUGCGUUACGGUGUGAACUUUUCUAAGCCAUCCAUAGUGCAAAACACAUGGACAGAAAGGUCCGGGUGGGGAGAGGAAGUGAGAUGCCCAUGUCAUGGAUCACUUAAGAAUCAAAUAGUUGAUGAGCUUCCUCUCUGCAACGAACAGUCCAGUAGAAUCACCUUGGAAGAGAGUUCCAACGAAGAAGAUGCAAUGAUGGAUGAUUUUCCAUUUCUAAGAGGCAAUCCCUUCACUGCCACAUUGUGGUUUGGCUUACAAGGUUUACAUAUGACUGUUAACGGCCGGCACGAGACUUCUUUUCCUUACAGAGAGAAGCUUGAGCCGUGGUUAGUCAGCGCUGUCAAAGUCUCAGGUGGUCUGAAACUGUUAUCUGCGUCAGCCACAAGACUGCCUGUUCCUGACCACCAUGCUUCUUUAGCUAUAGAAGAGAAGCUGAAAGCUCCAUCUCUUUCCGGGACAAGGAUAACGUUACUGGUUGGUGUUUUCUCCACUGGAAACAACUUUAAGCGGCGUAUGGCACUGAGAAGGUCUUGGAUGCAGUAUGAGGAAGUAAGAUCUGGAGAAGUCGCUGUUCGGUUUCUCAUUGGCCUUCACACUAAUGAGCAAGUUAAUUUAGAGAUGUGGAGAGAAGCUAAAGCAUAUGGUGACAUUCAGUUUAUGCCUUUUGUUGAUUACUAUGGUUUGCUUAGCUUGAAAACUGUUGCGCUUUGCAUUCUCGGGACCAAAGUCAUUCCAGCGAAAUACAUAAUGAAGACAGAUGAUGAUGCGUUUGUUCGGAUCGAUGAACUGUUACUGAGUCUAAAGGACAAACCGUCUAGUGCACUUUUGUAUGGUCUGAUAUCAUUUGAUUCAUCGCCAGACCGUGAGCAAGGCAGCAAAUGGUACAUUCGUAAAGAGGAGUGGCCUCUAGAUUCAUAUCCUCCAUGGGCACAUGGCCCUGGCUACAUCAUUUCUCAGGAUAUAGCGAAGUUUGUGGUGAAGGGUCACCGUGAAAGAGAUCUUAGACUUUUCAAGCUGGAAGAUGUGGCGAUGGGAAUAUGGAUUCAGCAAUUCAACCAGACAGUAAAAAGAGUGAAGUACAUGAAUGACAAAAGGUUUCAUAAUAGUGGUUGUGAACCAAAUUACAUUCUUGUUCAUUACCAAACUCCUCGGCUAGUUUUGUGUCUGUGGGAGAAGCUGCAAAAGGAGAGCCAAUCUGUUUGCUGCGAAUAGAUAUCUCAAUCUUGUUGCACAGAUUGAGAUUUUGAUGAAAUUUUCUACCAGGAAGUAUUGAAAUCUUGUAUAAGAUGUUAUGUAACAUUUGAUGUUUUGUAUAAUAUGCAGCAUGUAAACUAUGUGAAGUCUCUGUCUAAACCUAUUGUAUAGAUUAUGGAAGUGCAUUUACGA